AUGCCUGGGUCAAAGGACUUCGAGCAAUCACCACCGCUGACGGCUAGCGACACGGCCGAUCUGGCGAAGCGGUCCAACACACCGGCGCUGCUCGUACGCAGAUCCUCGCUGAUGAGCAAGUUUCCCGAGUCCGGCUCGUCUGCAUACGUCCUCGACUGGGAAACCAACAAUUGCAAGCAACGACUCCUCAGCCAUGCCGACGACCUUAUGAGAGAAGCGGUGGGCCGGAGGCGGCUCACGAUCGUUCAGGGGCUUCCGCUGGACUUGGUUCAGGUGUUGAGGGACUCGUUGGGCGUCAAUUCUGGUUUCCUCGAAGCACAUGCGGGGCGCCGACGACAUCGGCCUUGGAGACAGGACGACGGCUCGAGCUUCGUUUCCUUCGAAUAUCCAGAGCUCGUCAAGACCACCAGGGGAAAUUAUGGACCGGAUCCUGGAUACAAGCCGUCUGCGAGGCAGUCGGACCUGGUGGAUGUCAUGGAUGAGGCACCCUUCCACAUGAUGUCGAGGGAUGGACAGGCGGUCAUGUUCUGUCAUGCGUCGUUGUGGAUGAGUAACAAGGCUGAUGGUACGACACUUAAGCCCCCUUCUGAUGUUUCCCAUGCUGAUGUGCUCUUCUUAGUACUCUUCAUGGAUCGACCUAUAUGGAAUGACCCUUCUUCAGAGGUCAGCAAAGCCCGGCGGCCGCUUUCCGUCACCCGCUCGUGGCAGUCAAAAAUCGACGAAUCGCAAAUGGACGGCACUUCCGUGUGGAAUGUUCUGAUUGCAGAAGGAGACGAGCUUCCAGGUCUCGAAGACAGCCUCUUGCGGAUGUUUCGGCAGUCAAGUGUUGUCAGGCAAAGCCUGCCCGACAUCCUCCGCGAAGCGGUCUACGACAAAUGGCUGGACUUCUUCGAGACUCUCCCACCGUGCUCUCGGUUGAAUUCUUUGCAUGACCCAUCCCUGUAUUGGCAAGCAACAGAGUCUCUGGAGCAAAAUUUGGAUUUGACCUACGGUCAAGAGCCGCAGCCCCUAGUCAAUGACGUGUGGCAAACCAACUGGCUCAGCCUGCUCGAUCGAUUGCAGCGCCGCGUAGCUAUCUCGCGGCUUGGGACGUCGCCGAUCCCGCAAACCCCUGGGUGGCCUCACACACAGCCCACUACGGCGGCAUUGCAGACGCGAGAUAUGAGUCUUCCCGAGCAGAGCAGUCGGCCGUAUCCGGACAACGGUGGCCAAUGGCCAGAUGAGAAGGAAGCGAAUCAGCGGGCGCUCGAUCGUGUCACCUACCUAGGAGGCAUUCUUCUCCCAUUCACCGUGGUAUCCGCCAUCCUCUCCAUGAACGAAGAGUAUUCGCCAAACUCGCCGCGUUUCUGGGUGUUUUGGGUGGCCUCUGUCGGCGCUGCCAUCCUUUGCCUGCUGAUCAUCUACCUGGACCAACUGCGUUGUCUCGAGGUCUACUUCGAGGUGGCAGCCGCCGAUAAAGUCGAAUCGAUCUUCCCGUCCGGGAAAACGAACAACGGUCAUGGUAUCGCGUUCAUGUCCAUGCCGGCAUCUGGGAUGCGUCGGCCGUCGCGUCUGACCACUGAGAUGUUUGUCGACAUGCCCGAGCCCGACAUGGGCGAUAUGGAGGUAAUGGCCGAUUCGGCUGUGAACCCAACAAUGCUCGUUCAGCAGUGCAAGGACGGGUCGAGACCAAAGGCCUGGCAAAGGAGGCAGCUUGGCUGGGGCGGCGCGAUGAAGAAGGUUGUUGGGUACUAUCGGUGGAUGGGCGACAAGCCGGUGCAGCUGAGUCCGUACGGGGAGAGGUUUCGGAUGAAGGCGGUUUAG